AUGUGUUACUUAACUGUGAAACAAUUGCGAAUUUUAACAGAAUCAAAAGUGGAAAAGAUGUGGAAAUCUAUUCACCAAGGACCAGUAGCGCGAAUAGCUUUUUUCAGUGGAGGUCCAAUCAUGGCUUCUGGAGGAAGCGAUAGCAGUGUUAGGCUUUGGAAUUUAGAGCAUCAUGCCUGUACAUAUAAUUUAAAAGGCGUUCAAGGCGUUGUCAGCAUCUUGGUAUUCCAUCCGGACCCUAAAAAACAGCUUCUUUUUGCUGCGGGUGACGACACAAUAAUUCACGGAUGGAAUAUACAAAAAGGGGAGCAAAGGCUGUUAUUGAAUGGUCACUUUAGUAACGUUACUUCUCUCUCCUUUCACGAGGACGGAGUGCACAUGCUUAGUUCUGGGCGGGACAAGGUUCUGAUAUUGUGGGACAUUUCUCAAGGAUCUUCGAUCAGAGUUUUGCCAGUUUAUGAAGGAGUCGAGGGGGCUUUUAUAAUUCCAUGCGAAGCCCCUCUGUCAGAUUCAAUAAAACGUAAAAAGUCAGAAAUAUAUGCUGCCUCUGCAGGAGAAAAGGGAAUCAUCAAAAUAUGGAAAAUGAAAGCUGGUAGCGAAGUUUAUGCACAGGACAAUUCUUUGGUACCAGCUGCCAAAGAAGCAGGAGGUCUCUCCGUAACGAAUUUAUUGUACAAUGCAGUUAGCAAUAGUGUCGCUCUUGUAUCUGCUGAUCAAAAUAUUAUAAUCCAUUCAAUUGAAAGCUUCCAAUGCAAAAAACAGUUGGUAGGUUACAGCGCUGAAAUUCUGGACCUUAUUUACGUCGGUGAAGGAGACACUCAUCUUGCAGUUGCAUCGAACAGCUGCGAUAUAAAAUUCUAUGAGUUAGAAACAAUGAAUUGCCAACUGCUAGGAGGUCACACUGAUUUUGUUAUGUCUCUAAGCAGCACUCCAGCUAAUCGAAAUCUUUUUGCCUCGUCAGGAAAAGAUAACAGUGUCAGGUUGUGGCUCUUGGACAAAAAUUCUCUCCAAGUAUCUUGCAUUGGAGUUGGAGUUAGACACACAGAAUCUGUUGCUUCUGUUGCACUUUCGCAAUCAUUGACAAAAUUCUUCGCCUCUGUGAGCAAGGACUCUUGCCUCAAAUUGUGGGAUGUACCUGAAACACUUAACCAAGCCGAUGCUGUGACACUUAAUGCGACUUAUUCCGUCAAAGCUCAUGACUCGGAUAUCAACUGUGUAACAGUUUCUCCUAACGAUAGAUUUAUUGCUACUGGUGCUCUUGAUAAAACGGCGAAGCUCUGGGAUGCGAGUAAUUUACAACAACUGGGAGUAUUUCGAGGUCAUAGAAGAAGCGUCUGGUGCGUUAGAUUUUCGCCCAUUGAUCAAGUUCUUUUGACAUCAUCUGCAGAUUGUACAUUAAAAAUUUGGUCUUUAACGGAAUUGAAUUGCUUGAAGACUUUCGAAGGACACGAAGCUUCUGUAAUCAGAGCAGAAUUCUUAUCUCGAGGGAUGCAAAUAAUAACGUCUUCUGGAGAUGGUUUAGUGAAAUUGUGGAGUGUCAAGACUUCUGAGUGCAUUUCUACUUUGGAAAAACAUGAAUCUGCAGUAUGGGCCCUGAAAGUUAACAGAAUUGAAACACAUCUUGUCAGUGGAGGAAGCGAUUCAAUGAUUAUCGUUUGGCGCGAUGUUACGCAGGAAAAUAAAGCAAAGUUAAUCGCUGAAAAGGAAAAUUUGAUCCUCGAGGAGCAGAAACUCGCUAAUCUACUUAAAGCUGAGAAAUUAACGUCAGCCUUAAAUCUCGCUUUAAAGCUGGAGAGACCACUUCAAACUCUGAAAAUUAUUGAAGGCAUUAUUAAGAAGAACGAGGAGGACUUGGUUCAUACUAUACGGGAAUUGAAACCAGCCCGUCAGGAAUCGUUGCUCAAAUGUGCCGUUGUUUGGAAUACAAACAGCCGUAAUUCUCAAGCUGCUCAGUUGGUGAUAAAUGCGUUAUUGUAUGAAAUCGGAAGCGAUCAUUUGCAGGCCGUGGGAAUCACCUCAUCUCUGGAGGCAUUGAUCCCUUACACGGAGCGUCAUUUCAAAAGAUUGACUGGUUUACUUCAAGAUCUUCACCUCCUCAGUUACACAGUACAUCGCAUGAAACCUCUCAGCACCCCAAUGAAUAUCGACUGAUCUAAACGAUCUUGUAAUAUAUAGAAAAUAAAUUAUUAUUACUUUUUUAAAAUUGAAAA